UGCAGCUUACCUAUUGAUAAAUUUGAAGCUUUGGUUAAGCUCUAGGCGUGGGCGUAGGCCUGAUGUUGAUAACUGUGUGCCUCAUUUCCUAGUCGACGGCGGCGCAUAAGACUUUAACGCGACUUUAAUACAUCAUCAACAACCGGCUGCUUGGGUUGGGAAUUCAAAAUGCGAAGCACAUUUCGAUUGAUUUUCUUAUGGAGCUGCUGCCUCGUCAUGUUGCUGCCAAGUUUGUGCCACACACAGCCGAGCAGCUGCCAGACGCCAGACAAGACCAGCGGCCAAUGUGUGCACUUUAGCAGUUGUCGUUUUGUACUGCGGCAUUAUGCGAUGUACAAGGAACAUAUGCCGCCCGCCGUAAUGCGUUUUCUGCAGAGAUCACGCUGCAGGCCCAAACACGAUGGCUAUCAUUUGUGCUGUGAACUAAACGAUGUAAUUCCUGCGAAUGCCAACUCAAAGCUAAAAUGAGCGCUGUGGACACGUUAAGGCAACUUCAAAGCACACACACACACACAUAAGCGUACGCAUGUGUGCUUUGAUCUGCAUUAUUUCAACUUUAUGCUGGUUUAAUGCACAGUGCGUAAAAAAGUUUACAGCCAGCGUUACGUUCCACGUUCCUUUCCCUUUCCCCUUCCCUUUCCUGCUGUAAUUAUAAUCUCUGUACUUCGUAUUAAGUGCGUCUCAUCUCAGCAGCAGCAGCAACAGCUGCUAAGGCAGCGGCAGCAACAUAAUUUAAAUAUAUGUAUAUAU